CUUUUUUCUCUCCCUCCAGGACCCGGAUGGCCAGCGGGGAUCCAGUACAGGUCAGUCGACACCCAGCAGCCGAAAGUGCAGAAGCAUAUCGUCGGCCUUCACAAUAUCCUGCGCGCCAAAGUCACUCCGACGGCCGCCGAUAUGUUAGCGAUGGCUUGGUACGACACGGCGGCGGAGCAAGCACAGGCUUGGGCGGAGCAGUGCGGGUCGGACUCGGAGGCUGACCAUCCGAGUGUGAGGUGGACGUCCCGCUACGGCGCCUGCGGUCAGAACGUCAUGGUGUCGGCCAGGAAGCGCCACUGGAGCUUCGUGAUGCACAACUGGUGGAGCGGCCGCCGCACCUUCACGUACGGGGGCGACAGCAACAACUCCAGCGCCGUGUCAGCCUACACCCAGAUGGCGUGGUACAACUCCCACCAGGUCGGCUGCGGCUUCGCUGAGUGCUCCGAGCCCGGCGGGAAGACCUUCUUCAGAUACGUCUGCAACUACUGUCCCUCGGGCAACGACCCGCGGCGCCUCAGCAGACCCUACACUCAAGGGCGGACGUGUCGGAAGUGCCCCGACGACUGCCGCUCGGUGUGUCGGAAGCCGGAGUGCAAGCUGUGCACCAACGCCUGCACCUACUCGGACUUGUGGGUCAACUGCAAGGCGCUGGACCUGCAGUGGCAUGAAUGGCUGUGCAACACCAAGACUCGCAAUGGCGUGGAGCGCUUCAGAAACUGCCGUGCCACGUGUCAGUGCCACAAGCGGAUCACGUGAUCAUGAAUGCCAUGCUUUGCAUUCUCUCUCUCUCUCUCUCUCUCUCUCUCUCUCUCUCUCUCUCUCUCUCUCUCUCUCUCUCUCUCUCUCUCUCUCUCUCUCUCUCUCUCUCUCUCUUUGCAUUUGUGCGUCCGUGCGUGCGUGCAUGUGUCAGUAGACGCCAUGGAUUAAGACUGUGCGAUGACUCACCUCUGCUCCGCUGCAGUGAUUGUUCGGUCAUGUCAUGUCAUGCGAUAAUGGGAUAGAUUUUUCAGGAGCUAACGCAGCAUAAUAUCAUAUGUGGUGAACCAAUAUUCAGAAUAAGUAGAUAACUAGAAAAUAUAUCAUGAAACAAACAGUGUGGUAAUGUAAAACUUUGAAUCACUUAUGAUAAAGGUUCUAUAGGAAAUCUGCUAAAAAAAAAAA